AUGAGAAGAAUUGAGAAGAUGACCAGAAACAUGGAUUCCAGUCAGUACAGCGAUUUCUGUGACAGUCGACAGCUGAGUUUCUGUAUGGUUGUUGACCAAGAUAUGACUCCUAAAACAGGCGAUCCGUUUCAACACGCCAUAUCAGCAUCUUUCAUCCAGUACUGCAACUCCUCGGCUGAGAGCGCGGCGGCCUGUGGCGCGGUGGCUCAGAGCAGUGCCAUCCAACCAACCCACAUCAGAGAAGCCAUCAGGCGCUACAGCCACAAGAUCGGCCCGCUCUCCCCCUUUCCCAGUACGUAAUAACAGAGCUGUAAAAGAGUUAUAUUUAUAAUCGCAGCGCAGCCCCAUUUUAAAGUGGUCAAGCCCUAAAGUAUUGGAAUUGUUUAGCGCAAUUUGCGGUUAGUGUAAUUUUCCUCAUUAAAGUCACAUAAUUCUACUGGAGACUUAAAUAAGUGGAAUUUCGAUCCCUUUUGGAAAUACAAAGGAGAUUUAAUUUUGUUUUGUUUUCUGUAAGUUCUGUUUACGGCUGAAGAAAUGGCUGCUUAUUUCGCACGCUUACGUAUGCGACUGUGCAGCGAGUUAUAAUUUUCCAUCAGGCGCAGAAGUGUGGGUGUCUUAAGUGCUAGGCUGCGUUUGAGAUAUGGCUCUUGGAGGCUUCGAGGCUUUCUCAGAGCCAAUUUGGAGGCUUUUGCUGCUGUGGUCAAUCUGCAAUUCACAGGUGAUGAGCAAUUUACCAAUGACGGCCCACUUAAUGCUUCCUGAGCCAAUGGCUGCCAGAAAACCUGCCAGUGUUGGUUUUCUGUGGCUGUUUUUUGUUUUAAAUAAUGAUAUUUGUUACU